GUCAGUGAAUUUUGCGUCGCUUAAUCACGUUGUAACAUCUCAACAAUUGAAUCGCAUAUAUCUAUCCUAAAAUGGCAAAUCCAGAAGCCCAAGAAAUUCUGAAAAAUCUGAGUACACUACCGUCAGACACUUCAUAUGGAAGUUCUCCGAAAAGUCAACAAGAAGCUGUUAGGUUGAGUAAGACGCUUACGGCAGCGAUUGAGGCGCCGGAAAAUGUUGCUAUGGAACUUGCUUUUUCGACAUUCAUACCCAUGAGCGCCCGAAUCGCAGUAGAUUUAAAUCUUUUCGAACAUAUUGUGAAAUAUGAGCCUGUUAACGUAGUGAAAUUGGCGGAGUUUUCGGGUGCGGAAGAGUUGUUGUUAAGUAUUUAUACACUUUUUAUAUUUAAAACUGAUGGAACUAAUAAGAGAGCAGAAAUAAUAUUGAGACCUCUCUCUUCUACAAAUUUUGUCAAGGAAGUAGAUGAGGAAACUUGGGGGGCUACUCCUGUUACGAGAGCUAUGAUGCAGAAGGGUAUUGCGGCUGGUCAUCGCAUGUUAUUCGCAAACUCCAUGCUAGCCGCCCUGCACUCUCCUCGCUAUUUCCUCGAAACGAGCCACACCUCGCCCACAAACCCCAAUGAUGGCCUCAUGCAAUAG